CUCUUAGUGAUGCAGUACAUUGAUUUAAGAAAUUCUAGAAAAUAUAUCAAUCUUACAAACAAAAUUACUGAUAAGGAUUGUAAUUGUUCAUUUCAACAUUUUUAUAUUUAUUUCGAAGAUCAUGUUCUGGAAGAGUUCUCAUGACAGCGCAGUGGAAAGAAAACAAAUUUUGAAGAUCGUCGUGUACUUAUAAAAUAAUCUACAAUUCCUAGCAGUUUUGUUAUUAGUUUACGUUUCAAUAGUGACACGACGCGACGCCAGCCAGUACCAUACAUAUAUUUAAAGUUUCUCAUUCCAAUCGUAGUGCUUAGAAAUUGACAAAAUGGUUGCAGCGACUGUAGCAACUGUUGGAUCCGUCAUUGUUUCUCAAGGGGCUGUUGUUUGUUCUGCUGCAGCGGAGGGUGCUUUCAUUGGUUGGUUAACAUCAACCUUUGGUGCUGGAAACGCCACUUCCGUUGCUGGUGCAAUCGGAACUGCUGCUUCAACCGGUGCAAUAACUGGUGCACUUGCUGGGUCAGGCACCGCUGCUGAAUCGGCUAUAAUUGGAGCAACUGUUGCCAGCACAGCAGCUACAGGUGUCUCAGCUACAAGCAUAGGAUUGUCUGGAGCAGUCUCUGGUGGCGUUCUAGGUGGACCGGCUUUAUGGCUUGUCUUGGGAACUGAAUUCAACGAUGGAACAGCUGUACAGUGCCUAUCCUACGACUGUUGGAAACCAUUACUGCGCGACACGUCUACCAAUCCUUCCAACGGCAUGCUACUCCGCGAUGUAUUGAUGGAUUCAAGAAUCAAGAACGUUGAUGUAUCGUACGGUACAAGUGAAAUUUAUCCUCUGAUCAGUUUGGAAAACGUAUGGGGUGAAAAAUUUAGGAUUGAGUACGUUCGUUUGCCCUGGAAUGAAAUGGCUGCACAUGCUGUGCCAUUGUAAGAAGUGUACAACAAAUGUAAGC